AUGAUUUAUGUUGCGCCUCUACGACUGUUGGCUGCUGCCCUGGCGGUUGUAUUCCGGAAGGAGGGUCGACCUGCUGCGGACCGAGCAACUAUUGCAACACUGGCGAAGGAUGCUGCGAAGACACUGGAUGCUAUCCUCUGGACGCAGAAUGCUGCCGAGACGGUGGUUAUUGCCCUCAACCAUUUAUCUGCGUGCAAGACCGCUCCAGCGGCCGAAUCGGCUGCUGUACAGACCUUACGGCAGACGGUCACAUACAAUGCGUCUCCCACUCCACCACCGCCAACUCCCAGCUACACGUCUCCUUCUGUCAGUCCCACAACAACGUCGACGACUUCUCCAUUACCGACCUCAGCAACAGUGACGUCUUAUGAGUGGUACUAUACCACCUUUUACUGGACAUAUUGGUAUUACUUCUACACAAUUUACUAUGAGACUUCGACGUAUACGACUAGGGCGAUGACAACGGUGACCAUGACGACAACAUGCUCAGUUCAAGCUGCCAACUGGGACAGUGCAACCGCCUUGUUUGCAAUUACCUCACAAGACCUUCCCACUCCUUCAGACGCUGGGAGUUAUAUGCCUCCAACUCCGACACCCGGCGCCCUGAUCUAUGGAGCCUGUGGUAACUUGACAAGCUCUACAAGUAACUCCGCAGGGGUCGCUACGGCGAGCACUACCGAAGUGUGUUCGACCACGUUGACAAGUGAAGUCCCCCCCACCACCAACUCCGUUGCCGCCUCCAGUGCCACUGCAUUCAGUCCAACUUCCGGAUUCAAUGGCCCAACGAACGAGGCAAGGGCGACCGAGGCUCCUUGUACAGGUAUAUUCUGUCUGGCAUUCGCUAUUCUGACUUCAGUAUCUGCGAGUCUGAUGUUCUAG